UAUUCCAUUUCCGUACACAAAUCUUCUCAACUGAUGACGUGUGCUUUGCACAAAAAUCAAAUUGUUUUCAGUUUCACAAUAAAACCGGAUAAAGGUAUUCUUCUAUAAACCGAGGGUAUUUUUUGUGGAUUGUGUCUUGAAACAUAAAAGGAAAAUGGAAACAUUGUACCAUCAAACAAAUAAGCAAAUACAGGAGGUGCAGUCGCUCAUGGGACGCCUGGAGAACACAGAUCGUCAGUCUGUCCACUUGUUGGAGAACGAGCUGCAGGCCAGAAUCGACCAGAUCUUCAGCCAUUUGGAACGUCUGGAAAUCCUGACUAGCAAAGAACCGCCAAACCGGCGUCAGAACGCCAAACUGCGGGUAGACCAGCUGAAGUAUGAUGUUCAGCACCUCCAGACAGCACUGAGGAACUUCCAGCACCGUCGCUACUCACGAGAGACCCAGGACCGAGAGAGGGAGGAGCUCAUGAGUCGUACCUUCACCACCAACGAUGCAGACACCUCCAUCCCCAUAGACGAGACGUUGCAGUUAAACUCCAACCUGAACAACGCACACAGAGGCAUGGACGACCUCCUGGGCAGCGGCAGCAGCAUCCUCACCGGACUCCGGGACCAGAGGGACACGCUCAAGGGGACCCACAAGAAGAUGCUGGAUGUGGCCAACAUGCUGGGUCUGUCCAACACGGUGAUGAGGCUGAUCGAGAAGAGGGCCACCCAGGAUAAGUUCAUCAUGAUUGGAGGGAUGCUGCUCACCUGUGUGGUCAUGUUCCUGGUGGUCAAGUACCUGGGCUGACCAUGACCGCAACUGCCACCACAGUUUUGCGUUGGUCUUGGACAUUUUUGCACAAUAAGCCCAUAAGAUACGUGAACGGUGAUAAAAUAGGCUCGUCUUCUAAUCGGAGAGUUCCCUGAAAGUAUUGGUUCCGAUCGGAAGGCGAGGAAUUAUCCCUCUUUUAAUUUCCAUAGGUUUUGUCACCCACUUCUAUUUCAACCACUCUUUGUUUGCACCAGGUAAAUGGGUGUUAAGCAAGACAUACACACUGAGUGUACAAAACAUUAAGGAUGCCUUCCACCUUUUGCCCUCAGAACAGCAUCAAUUCAUCUGGGCAUGGACUCUACAAGGUAUUGAAAGCAUUCCACAGGGAUGCUGGCCCAUGUUGAUUCCAAUGCCUCCCACAGUUGUCAAGUUGGCUGGAUGUCCUUUGGGCGGUGGACCAUUAGUGAUACACACGGGAAGCUGAUGAGCGUAAAAACAGCUUUGCCGUUCUUGACACAAACCAGUGCGCCUGGCACCUACUACCAUACCCUGUUCAAAGGCACUUUUGUCUUGCCCAUUCACCGAAUGGCACACAUAUACAAUCCAUGUCUCAAGGCUUACAUUUAAAAAAAAAAUCCAUAUCCUCCAUGUAUACUGAUUGAAGUGAAUUUAGCAAGUGACAUCAAUAAUGGAUCAUAGCUUUCACCUGGUCGGUCUGUUAUGGAA